AUGGAGAUCACACCUGCUGGCUGCGACGGUGACCAUGCGAUUCCUGAACACCUCUUCAUGUGCUCUGAACUUUACAUCGCAGCAUUUCAUGGGCACACCGAUGAGGUGAUCAAUCUCUUGGAAGGAGGCAGUGGCGGCGCUGCCGUUGAUGCAGCGAGCAGCCGCCCAUCCCCGGCAGCGCAAACAGCUGCUAAUCACCAUGCAGCGUGCAACAUUCACGAGGUGACCGCGGAUCGCAGCACACUUCUCCACAUCGCCGCCAGGCGAGGGCACCACGAGCUGAUCUCCCACCUGUGCCGCCGGGACAGCAGCCUCAUCUCUAUGGUUACCUCGUCGGGGGACACGCCGCUGCACUGCGCGGCUGGGGAGGGGCACGCCGGCGCGGUAGGCACCAUCGCGAGGCUGGCCCGGGACAACGUGGAGGAGGACAGGCUGAGGGAGAUGCUGCGCAGCGGGAACGUCGCCGGGGACACCGCGCUACAUCUCGCCGCGAGGCAUGGCCAUGGCCAGGCGGUGGAGGAGCUGAUGAAGGUGGCGCCGGAGACCGCGACGGAGGUGAACAGCGCCGGCGUGUCGCCGCUCUACUUGGCAGUACUGAGUGGGUCUCGGCGUACCGUGAGGGCGAUUCUGUCGUGUAGGGGUGUGUCUGCCGCUGGCCCUGACUCUCAGAAUGCGCUGCACGCUGCCGUUCUUCAGUGUUCAGAAAUGGUUACAUUGCUACUGGAGUGGAGACCAACACUUGCCACCGAUGUGGACAGCAACAAGAGCAGCCCACUGCAUUUUGCUUCAUCAGAUGGAGAUUCUUCCAUCAUCCAAACAAUCUUAACUCAUUCGAAGACCAGCACUCCACACAUGCAAGACAACAAGGGCCUAUCACCUUUGCACGUUGCGGCACUAAUGGGCCAUGCAGCAAUAGUGCGUCUUCUGCUGCAGUUCUCCCCUGCUUCUGCAGACAUUCGUGACAACCAAGGCCAAACCUUUAUUCAUGCAGCAGCUAUGAAAGGCCAUUCUUCUGUCAUCUCAUCUGCAUUAAAGCACGGCAUGCUUGAGCAUCUUUUGAACGCGCAAGACAAGGAUGGGAACACACCGCUCCAUUUAGCUGUGAUUGCAGGGGAGUACAAGGUUGUUUCUAAGCUAUUAUCAAUUGGAAUUGUGAAAGUUAACAUCAUGAACAAUGCAGGCCACACUCCUUCUGACCUUGUCAAAAACUGUAACCGUUUCUACUCAAUGGUACGCUUAGUGGUGAAGUUAUAUAGCUUUGGAGCAGAAUUCAAGCCACAACGCCAAGACCUCAUUGAGAAAUGGAAUGUCGAGGGCAUCAUGAAUUGGCGAAACACUACAUCGAAGAAUCUCGCCGUUGUCUCGACACUCAUAGCGACUGUUGCCUUUUCUGCAGCAUUCAAUGUUCCUGGAUCAUACAGAGAGGACGGGAAAGCAAAUCUGGCCGGAGAUCCCAUGUAUAUUGCUUUCUUGAUUUUGGACACCUUUUCUAUGGUCACGUCAGUUGUGGCAACAAUACUGUUGAUCUAUGAGAGAGCCACAAGGUCAAAACACUCAUGGUUAUGCUUCGUGAUCGCAAUACACUUUCUAUGGUUAUCAUUAAACAGCAUGGUGGUAGGUUUCUUCGCAGCUAUAACUGCAGUGAUGAGCAAGAAGAAGAGCAUAAGGAUUGCAAUGUCCCACAUGGUCUACUACGGGAUAUAUGUCUUGAUAACAAUACUGAGCACCUUGUCAAUGCCAGGGUCAUUUAUAAGCACUUUGAAGUUCCUUGUAGGUAUUCGCAUGAUCAGACAACAGCAACAUUCUAACAGGCACAUCUACCGGAAAUAUUCCAUCGUUGUAUUUUACACUUUCAAUGUGGUUUUGUUUUUUGUUAUAAAUAUUCUAGUGGAAGCAGCACUAAACUUCUCUAAAAAUGAUAGUUAUAAUUGA